AUGAUGUCACAACGACGAGCAAAGCUGGAGGAUUUGACUGAUAUCUCCAAGGAGUGCCUCGCAUCCGCAAAACAGCACCUGGAAAUCAUCAAAAAUCUCACAGAUGUCAAGUCCAUGUACGUGCACUGCUACCAGCUCAUGAAGCUCGGUGGACUGGAGGCAGAAGUGCCGCGUUUAGUCGUUUUUGGCCAACAGUCAAUGGGCAAAACCACCCUGCUCGACUUCAUCAUGGGAGGACCAAUUGGAUACAGUAGUACAGAUACAGGAACGAAGCAGCCGGUCUCCAUCAUCAUGAAGCCGUCUUCCUCACUCCAGAAUUACGAAGGGUCUGGACCGCCACCAGUAACAGAUACAUCAAUCAUUUGCAAGUUUGGAGGUCGCCUAAUGAACAUUCACGAGGUUCAGGACGCAAUGAGAAACCACAUGCAGUCGUUGGGAUCAUCGAUUCUUUCAGAUGAAUUGGAGGUAGAGGUGUACGUUCCAAAUGCUCUCUAUGCCAUCUUUGUGGAUUUGCCUGGUAUCAAGGAUGAUUCCAAGGCUGGUGCGGAACUUACUCGUUCGGUUGUAAGAAAUUAUGUAUCAAACAACCCCAACGAUUUAUACAUUCUGGUCAAAAAGGCAUCCGAUGAUCCCUCAAAUUGGCCAUGGAGCCUAAAGGAGUUUAUCACAGCGUCAGCUCCUGCAGGUUUGGGGUUGACUCCUCAGCAAACCAUGGUUGUUGGUACAAGGGCAAAGGAGUUUUUGAUCAAUGAAAAGACGGAUAUUAAGACACAAGAGCAGUUGAUGGAAAGGGUAUAUAAGAGGGGUGUUGUUGACUCCAAGGGACAGAUGCUCCCCUUGCACUUGCUUGAGCUCUUUUCCCUAUCCAUACAGGCCAAGGAAUCCUGCGAUUUUCUCAGUAAUAGAGAUGAUAUGAAGGCACAAAUUUCAGCCAGCCAGAGGGAAGUUUACGAUCUCAUCACAAAUGGAUUUGAAUUAUCCAGCAGCUCAAAUUUGAAUGAUGAGGGCAAGACGGUUAGAGAGGAGCUAAUGCAGAUUUUUAGCAUUGAUUCCUUUUUGAAAACUCUAAAUAAUAAAUUCCAGCACCUUAUGAAUAACCAACUCACCAAUUUGGAGAGGAGGUUGGUUAGAAAAAAGAUGGAGCUAGAAAGGGUUAUAUCAUCUAUGGACUCCAAACUAUCUCGUUUCUCACCUCAGUCUCUAAGGGAAUCAAUAAAGCACUUUAUUCGUCAGCUUAUUGAGGUUGUACAUAAUAUGAUUACUGGUAACUAUACCAUUAUGAAGUUGCCCAUUCAGGCUGAUCAAUUUCUCAAGAUUUAUGGUGGAAGUCUUCAGGAUAACUUAGAGGAUGGACACGAAUUGGCAUUGAAUCUAUUCCCGAUGCCCGACAUGUAUGACCCAGAAUUUUAUCAAAAGAUUAGCAACAAGACAGAGUCUCUUUACAAGAAGAAGCUCACCAUGAUGGACUCUGUUAAGCCUGGCAGAUAUGUACGCUACUUUACAUCUAAAAUUAAUUCCCAUAUGUUUGGCCUGAUUGAGCCUCCUUGUAGAAUACCAACAUCGUUAUCUUCAAAUGAAAAGGGCACAUUUGACCUCAUUAAUCGCGAUUACGGCCCAGAUGAGCUUAUAAAUGUAGAAUUUAUCCAAAUAAAUAAUGGAAUAGAAUCAUCGCUGCACAAGAAUAUAGAUAGGAAUAAGCUUGUGCUUUUGACCCCUCUUCCUUCAGUGAGUAUAGACCAUUUGCAAGUGCCUUUGUACGCAUGGCACAAGACGCAAGCAUCUACUGGAUGGAUUUCUGUGAGGCCAAUUGUAAUUGAUCGUUUGCCUCCGGAAAUUUUGGUCCAAAAGAGUAAUUAUAGAGAAGUUGAUAUCUCAAAUAAGCAGGUUUCCUUUAGAUACUUGGAUGAGGAAAAUAAUCAACCUGCUCAACCAGGAUCUCCUGAGGAAAAUGUAGAUAAACAUUCUGAAAAGUCUGGAGAACGACCACCGGCAGAAAAGGCCUCCGAUGAGGAGGGGUCUGGUAGAAGAUCGUCCGGAAACCGCUUCCUCUACUUUACAACAUGCAGUGAAAUUUAUCUGGAGGAGAGAAAUACAGCUCCUUACUAUGCUUCAGCCUUGGAAAUGGUUUCUGGUGAGCAUGCAGAUGCACAUUUGCUUAACCAGCUGGCAUUUACCAACAUUUCACACUGGCUCAAAUUUCACAUUAAGCACAUGGAACCGGAGCAGGUUUAUACGGCUGAGGUAUUAUACCAAAUGCUCCGUAGUAUACAUCAUGUUGUUGAUAGGGCAGAUUGGGAGCCACUUGUUGCGGAUUUGGUUCAAAGUAAUGUUAGAGGCACCCUUCUACACGCGGCUAGGCUUUCCGCCUGUGCAGCUGCAGCAGCUUUAAGGCGUGUACUACGUGCUAGUUUGGCGGAGGUGUUCCGUUGCAUUCAACUUAAUGAUAUCGACCAUACCCUACUGGGUCUUUCCGAGAGUCUGCAUUUCCAGGAGCAAAUUGAUCAGCUUUCUGAAGAAUUUUGCAGACAAAAAGCAUCAGAGUGCGCUAACGAUAUGAAGAAAUUGAUUUUGGAACAGACUUACUCCGUGCAAUUUGAUGUGGCAGUAGAUAUUUUUGACAGUUGUUAUCAGUUUGAAAAGUAUUUCAUGGGAACGGCUGGACACAGAUCGUACAUGGGCGAUGUUUUGCACUCUGUUCGCGAGAAUUUAGCGAUUAGAAAACGUCGUUUGGCAAUGAAUGACAUUUUUGAAAAGUGCGAUGCAAAGACCUCUAUAGAACUCAUUUAUGAGGAGGUAAAGGUGCAGUUCUGGGCAACAAAGAUGCUUCUAUCAUCGCCAUUAACCAGCAAGAUUUACACUCACUUUAUAAAGCACGUUGUUGACAAGAAGACGUCAACUAAUACUGAAGAUCCUGCGGUCAAGUUUGAUGCUGAGUUUGAGGAGUUCUUGCAGUCGAAUAUUCUAUACGAGCUUGUCGAUGGAAACUUUGUGCCAAAGAACAAUGCCAAACUUGCUAGUGACUACGAUCUAAAUGUCAAGUUCGAUAGAUUUGUACAGAGAUAUAACAAGACAAAGAGAAUAUUGGAGUACGUGUCGUAUGCUUUGGAAGGUAUUUCCAGAUUUAAGCAUCAUGCUCACUCUGAAGAAGUUGUGAACUUUUUGUCACAUCUUGGAUUAUAA